AUGCAUCAAGUGUAACAACAGUUUAGUUUUUCCCGGGAACCUGAAGCAGCGUGUUGUUAGGCGCUGCUGCCCAGUGCCAAGCUUGACGUACACAACAGCAGGCGACGCAGCGACAGUAAAAAGCAAGCAAGAACUCCAUCAAUAUCAAGCAAAAUAAACUGUUUUCGAAAUUCAGCUGGAAAUAAAAUAACAGGUACAUUUACAUUUUUGUGGAGCUGGCUGGGGCCACAUAAUUAAAACGAAACGAGAGCGCGCUACAAAUAUUUGCAUAAAACGCUGUCGGGCUAAUAAGUAAUGAACUAAGCCAACUUACAGAGCCCGCAUCGUCGGCCGCCCUCGCAAACAAACCUGACAGUUAGCCAGCACCACACAGAUGCGAAUUACAAAAAUACAUUUACAGCAACAAUUACAGCAGCAUUCGUGGAAAAAACGCGACAGCUUAAAAAUACUUAAUAAAGUGCAGCACGUCUUUUGAGCGGCUCUGGCAAUUCUAUGAAAUUUAUGCAACACUGACAGCAAAGCCACAAACCAAAAAGAAUACAUCAAGGAGCAGACAGACAAGCCGAGCAAAAAAGAAAGUGAGAGAUAGAUAAAGAGCGUGUGAGAGCGAGUUAGCAAUCAACGGUGGCAGGUCCCACUGCCAUAUAACGGGAUUUUUCGCCUGAUUUACAGUUACCAACGCACAUCACUCCUUUGCCAAGCUAGCACCUUUUACAACACUAACAGCAGAGAGCAACACCAGCAAAAUGCGUGGCCGUCACUUGCGCCGACGUUUCAGCUUGCAGCCCUCGUUCAUGAAGGAUGACAGCGCCGAGGAUAAACCCAAGCGUGACAAAGUGGGCCGGAAUAAUGCAGUGGACGAUGCCAUUGGACCGGCAAAUGCACGUCAUAAAAUUGUGGUCAUGGGCGCGGCUAAAGUGGGAAAAACUUCGAUAAUCACACAAUUUCUAUACAACACAUUUACCACCAAAUAUAAAAGGACCAUCGAGGAAAUGCAUCAGGGGAACUUUUCAAUUGCGGGCGUUAGCCUAACACUGGACAUACUCGAUACGGCCGGCUCCUAUGAGUUUCCAGCAAUGCGCGCCCUAUCCAUAUCAUCGGCAGACGCGUUCAUUCUGGUUUACGAUGUCACCGAUGCGUCCACUUUCGAAGAGGUGCGGGCUAUACGAGAUCAGAUACAUGAGACAAAGGCGACCACAGCGGUGCCAAUUGUGGUUGUUGGCAAUAAAGUAGAUCUGCUCGCCGAGGAUGGAGAACUUCGCGAGGUGGAAUAUGCCACAACCGAAUCGGUGGUAACUGUUGAUUGGGAAAAUGGUUUUGUGGAGGCAUCGGCGGCCAAUAACGACAACAUCACGCAGGUUUUCAAGGAGCUGCUCGCCCAGGCAAAAAUUACAUACAAUCUGAGCCCGGCGCUGCGCCGCCGACGCCAGUCGCUGCCCCAGCAAAUUGGCAACAAUGGGCCGGGCACACCGCUGCACCACCAUCACCAUCAUCAUCAGGGGGCGCACGGACAGGGGACGGCGCACGGUUCCGGCUCUGGUUCGGCCUCAACAUCGGCUGGUGCCGCCGGCGGGGCGCAUGGCUCGCACACACCAACGCCGGCACAGCUGCAGCAUCUGCAGCGCAUCCAGGAGCGCAGCUUGGGCGCCAAACGCAAUUCAUGCACAAUUUCCUAAGCCAAUUGGCGUUGAAUAACAAACCUAAAUGAACCUAUAUGCAACUGAAACUGAACAAACGGUCUCCUACAAAUGGUUUUCAAUGUUUCACAAAUAAAAACGAUUUAUAUUUAUGUAUUUACGAUCUUAUAUAGCCUCGACUCAAUCGUACCUCUUGCUAAACACUUUAGUACCUAUCUUGAGCAAAUUUUCGCUCUGUCUUUCUCUCACGCUACCCCCCUCUCUCUCUCUCUCUCUCUCUCUCUCUCUCUCACACACACUCUUUCUCUAUGCCCCAUUUCCGACUAUCCAUAUAUCUAAAUCUCAACACGCCCAAAAAAUGUUUGGAACCCAAAAAGAUAUAAAUAGGCAUAAGCCGUAACUAAAAGUCCCAUUAUAAUAUAAAUGUUAGUUAUUUCUACAGAUAUAUAUAUAUAUAUACAUAUAUAUUUACAUUGAAAUAUGUAUACAUAACGAUUAACAGAUAUGUGUACUAUCUAUACAAAUAACUAAAGCGGAAAUCCCAGCAAACUAUGCACAAAGAUCUGUAAAUACAUGACAAUAUCUGAAGCUUAACGCAAAAAAAACUUGACCAAAAUCACAAAAUUACAAUUUAUCUUCUUCUUAUUACAAGACAAUUACAUUUUUUUUUUAGUUGCUUUAAAAAAAAAGUAAUAAAACAAAAGUUUAACGUUUUUCGCACCUAAGCAAUAUUCUAAUCCCGUUGCAUAUAAACACAGUUACUGUCCGUAGCUUAACACAAGAACAAAAUGCUUAAACUCUAGAAAAACCGCAAGAAAGGCGCCCAAAAUAUAGACAGCUGUUGAACCGCUCCUGUGUCUAAUCACAAAAGUGUUACAGACGUGUCUGUGUAUGUAUGUGUUUACCUAACCGAAAUAUAAGUAAAUAUGGAUUCUAUUAGUAUAUAAAUAUAUGUAUAUGUACGUUUUUUUUUUUUUCAAGAAUAGAAGCAAAACUUGGGCUGUUAGGCCUCGCUGCUAGGUGAAGAACAGAGCUAAUUUUGCAACUUUCGCCAAAUAGCUUUGGCAAGCUCAAAAGGAGUAUGCGACUAUGAGAUACUCUGCACACUAUCUAUCUAUCUUCAACGUACAAACUAAUUUUGUAACUACCAAUUUAAAGGAAAUAAGCAAAAUGAAUGCAAAACAAAACUUAAAUAUCAUAAUUAUAUCUAAUAUGUGCACGAAUAUUCCCUUUAAAACAAAAUUAAGUUCAAUAUACAAACAGCCAAUUCGAAAACUUCUGUUCGUAACCGAUUAGCAUCUGGUUUCCCUGUGCGUGUUUUUAGAUUGUGAGAGUAUAUAUAGAGUAGUUGAUGUAUUCUCAAAAAAUAUUCGUGAUCGUAUUUUGUCUGUGGAAGAUGGAAGCAAAUGCAUAGUAAUUAAAAUUGUUAGGAUUAUUUUUAAAUUUCAUUUUCUUUAUGUUUUAUCAUAAUAUAUUAUUAAAUGUUAGCGUGUAUCGUAAUGUAGUUGGUUAAUUAUGUGAGCUAGGCAAGCAUAAGAAGAAGCAGAAGAAGAGGAAGAAUAAGAAGAGACGGUUUAAGAAUGAAAAUGCAAUGAAAACACCAAAGAAAAUCAAACUAAGGCCAAACAUAGUAAGAAAAAGCAACUAGAGACGAAUGGAAAUACCUAUAACUACUUAUAUAGUAUAUAUAUAUAUAUAUAUAUAUACACACACAUAUAUAAAUGGGUACAAGAAACGACUAUUAUGAUAUGAUGAUAUGUAUUGUAUGCAAGGGUCUGUCGCAGCAUGUUAAAGCUAAAAUACUUGGUAAAUAUACAACUAAUAUUUGGUGUGUCUGUGUUAAAUAUCAUAUAAAUAAAUAACUAAAUACAUUUAUUGGGGCGCCAAGCCGAAUUUUCUUGCAAGCCUGAAAAAAAAACUUGCUGAGCUUAAAUUGCAGGCCCCAAAGACAACUACCAUAUGUUUUAGAAAGCACAGUAUUCAAUGGUAUUUACAGAUUCCAGAGAGAAUCUUAUCAAAUUAAGGACUUACACUUACUUUCAGUAUUCGCUUUAUUUGUAAAUUUCCCUGUCUACGAAUAGACAUUUACACAACUACCUACUUAUAUAUAUAUAAACAUAUAUAUAUAUAUAUGUCUUGAUGAUAACCAAUUGAAUGGCCAACUGAUCAAGCGUUAAUCUAUAUAUUUAACAUAUAUUAUUAUCUGUGCAAAUAGUAUGUUGUACAAUGACAAUUAUCAAAGUCAAGCAAGGCUCAAUUGAAUAUUAUUUGAGUGCAGAGUGUUUUAUAAUUUAGCACGAUCAAGAACAAAUGAAAAACAUUGAAGAACAAUGAAUAAUAAGUAUUAUUAUCGAUAUGAUACAAUAAAAAAUAACUAACUGAAUUUAUAUAAUUACUGAAAACAGUUCGUAUAAUACUUAUACAAAGUAGUGCGUAUUCGUGUGACAUUUUUGUGUGUAUUUACAAAAUAAAAUAAAAUGAAAAAAAAAAAAAAACAAUAUUGAAUACAUAUAUACAUUAUAAACCUACAUAUAUCUAUUGAAAAGAAAAUGCAUUAAGCAACAACUUGACAAAGCCAAUGUUCUGUGUAUUCUAUGUAACUAGUAAAUUAUCAAUAUAUAAUACUUACUAAAACCAAAAGUUUUCCCAGAAAA